UCCAACCACACAUUUUCAUUUUCAAUUUUCAAAACCCUUUCAUCUUCAACUUCCGCGGGAAAAUGCCUCGAAAACGUAAACAACCCAUUCCAGGAGUACUAUGGCGUCUCUUCCGAAACCGAGCAAGAACCCUAACAGAAACAAUCCUUUCCUUGCUUCCAUCUCCACAUCCUUCUCCUGAUCUGUGUUGCUGUAAUGGGCGGAUUUGUCUUGGUUGUUGCUCGGACGCGAAGUCGUUUCUCGUCAGACCGAAUGAUCCUGUUGGUUAUAGGAAAUUGCUUGAGAAUUGUUAUGUUGUUGUUAAGGAAAAUGUUAAUCCUAUUUGGUUUUUCAUUCCGUACUCACAUUGCUCGCAAUUUCAGAUUGUGAAUAGCAUUGUUGAACUGAUGGGUGAAGUGGACCCAGUCUCCGCCAAUGUCUUGUGCUCUGGUUAUGAUAAGAGUAAAUGCCCUAAUGUGGAGCUUUUAUCCUGUCCAUCGUGGUGUCUUCUCUUGAGCAGGGUUGGAGAUGAUCUAAUGGUUUACCUACUAAAGAAUACAUCAAUAUUCCUACCCACUUCCCAUGGAAAACACUACCAGGUGGCAGGCCCUCCAAUCAGUCGUCUAUGCUUUGAUAAGUUAAAUAAAUGUUCAUCAAAGUUUGACAAUCAGCAGCCUUCACUUCAUAAAAGCGGAGCACAAAAGAGAAAAAGAUCUGCGGAUAUUGAUGACACAACCGUACAAAAACAAAAGCGCCAUAUUUCUUGCCAUACUGAUGGUCCUGUUGGAUUUGGAAGUAAUGUAGGUUUGACUGAUAAGUCUUCAAUGCAACUGGGUAGGCAUCAUGGGAGCAGGAAUUAUGAUGUCAGUGUUUCUGAAGCUCCUAUGUCUACAAGAACUGUGACUGUUACAAGGAAGGCAGAGUUAGAAGGGAAACCAGACUUGAACUGUAUUACAACUAAACCUGGAAAGCGAUCUAGGCCUUGUCGUUGGAAGAGGCUUAGAGGAAAAAAGCUGAAGCAAUCAACCGUUGAAGAAGAUAAUCUUAAUAUGCAAUGCAAUUUGCUUCCUACUAAUACAGAUGUCUUGCAUGCUAAUUUACAACAUGACAACACCAGCUUAAGCUGUCAUGAAAAGCUGCAGAUGUUGCGGAAAUGUUCUUGCUGUUUGAUCUUACAUUCUCUUCCAGCUAUUCCUAAGUGGACUGAUAUCAAUAGGAAAUACAUCUUUUAUAAUUUGGAGUCUUCACUCUCAGUUCUUCCGAAGAAACAUAUUUUACAUUCCUUAAAACCAAAUUUGGCUUGUUCGAAAUUGCUCAUUGGCAAUAUUUUUGGCUUCUCAGAUGUAAAUGCCAGUGCUCAGCCAUUGCCAUGUUCCCACAGCAGUGGCUCGUGUCUCAUUGACUCUGCAUGCCUGUAUCACUCUUUUGUUAAAUGGUUUAAGAAUGUCAUUCGUAGGGCACGGUGUUGCCAGCCUGCAAAGUUCUUGGAUAAGCAUUGUGUUGUUUCAUCAUUGGAUCAACAUACAGAUGAAAGUAAUAACUCCAGACUUGAGGACAAUGUAUUUGACACAAAUGUAAAUAAGACAUCUAUGGAGUUUGAUACCCAACAUUCACAGCGUGAGGCAGUUGAGUCAUUCUGCUCAAAAAGUCAAGUAGUAUCUUUCAUUUGGGCUGUUUCUAGAAGUUUACUUCCUUCUGAAUUACUAGGUACUCCUUCGAAUUGGAGAAUAAUGAGAAGAAAUAUUUCCAGGUUCAUACACUUACGGAAAUUUGAAAAAUUCCCUUUAAAGCUAUGUUUGCAUGGGCUGAAAACAUCAAGGUUUCCAUUCCUAUCAAAUAAAUAUUUCUUGAGUAGUCAAAAUGCUUCGAUUCUGAAGUAUUUAGAAGGACAUGAUGAAGUCCUUCAUAAAGAAUUCAGAAAUUGGAACAAUGAUGUACAUGGUGUCAAACGUAAGCUUCUGGAGAAGUGGAUCUUUUGGUAUUAUUCAUUUCUGGUUGUGCCUUUGGUGCAAGCAAACUUUUAUGUUACUGAAAGUCAGCAAGGAAAACAAGAUAUUUACUAUUAUAAGAAACCUGUUUGGGAGAAGUUGACUAAAAGCACUAUUGCUUGCCUCAAAGAAUCAAGAUAUAGUCAGUUGGAUGAUGUGGCCUUGCGUAAUAUUCUUAGAGGUAGACCAUUUGGAUUUUCAAAGCUCAGAGUUCAACCUAAAGAAAAUGGAGUAAGGUUGGUGGCGAAUCUUCAAGGUUCUUCAAGAUUGCCAUUGGUUGAGUCUGGUAUGGGAGUUCGAUACUGCAAAACUCAAAGGAAAGAAAAACACCAGAAAAUAAUGUCUCAAAAGUACCACUCUGUAAAUUACGUUCUUCGUGAUGCGCAUACUAUUCUGAAAGGAAUUCAGUUCAAGGAGCCUCAGAGACUAGGCUCUUCAGUAUUUGAUUACAAUGAUGUUUAUAAAAGACUCUGCCCAUUUUUGGUUAGCCAGAAGAAGGAAUUGACACCUAUGUCUUCCUUAUUCAUUGUCACGUCUGAUGUUCUGAAAGCAUUUGAUUCUGUUGAUCAAGAUAAGCUGCUUGACAUAAUGAAAGAAGUUCUUUGGAAAAGCGAAUAUUUUCUUCAACAGUAUGAUCAAGUUAUUUGCACAAAGAACUCUUUGUGGGUUCAAAAGCAAUUUACUAUGCGGGAUGAAACGAGCAACACUGGCCAUACACAGUUCAGAUCAUUUGCUCCAUCCCGGCAUGCUGUCUUUGUUAAUCAGGAGUGGCAGAAGAAUGUGAAAAAGAAAUUGCUAUUUUCAUAUCUAAGAGAGCAUGUGAAGCACAAUGUGUUGCAAUUCGAUGGAAAAUUUUUCUUACAAGGUCUUGGUAUUUCACAGGGAGGGAUUUUGUCAUCUUUGCUUUGCUCCUUAUAUUACGGGCAUUUGGAGAGGCAUGUGAUAGAUCCAUUCUUUAGAAAAACACUUGAAUCUGGCAGUUGCAAGGAGAAUAAUUCUGUCCAAAGCAACAGUGGUGACUCAUCACCAUGUUACCUGCUAAUGCGAUUUAUUGACGACUUCUUUUUUAUAUCAAACUCAAAGAAGCAGGCUGCCAGCUUUUUCUCCAGGUUGAAAAGAGGAUUUCGUGGUUACAACUGCUACAUGAAUGAGAAGAAGUUUGGUGCAAACUUUGAUGCAGAACAGACACCAGCUUCCUCAUUGAACAGAAUUUAUGUGGGCAAAGACAGUGCUACUUCAUUCGUUCAAUGGAGUGGUCUUCUUAUCAAUUGUACCACUAUGGAAAUUCAGGCUGAUUACACAAAGUACUUGAAUAACCAUUUAAGCUCAACGCUUACUGUUUGCUGGCAAGGAAAACCAGGCACUCGUCUGAAGGAGAAGAUGCGUUUCUUUUUAAGACCUAAAUGUCAUCCUUUAUUCUUUGAUUCAAAUCUCAAUUCAGCAGCAGUUGUCAGAUUAAAUAUUUAUCAAAUGUUUUUGAUAUGUGCAAUGAAGUUUCAUUGUUACAUCCGCCACCUAUCAUUUGUUUGCAAACUUGACAAACAAUAUUGUUCAGAUAUUAUUGAGAAAUCCUUGAGAUACAUGCACCUGCUGAUAAAGAGGAGGAUGCAUUCAAUGCGUCUGAAUUCUAGUAUCCGGCCAAUUCUGAAGUUGAAGAAGGGGGAGGUUGAAUGGCUUGGAUUUCAUGCUUUUGUACAAGUGCUAAAGAGAAAGGAAUCACGUCAUAAGAAUUUGCUGCCAGUUUUGAAAUCAAAGUUGCGGUCACAUAGAAUUUCUGGGAAUGUGUCACCUGAACUGAAGUAUGCUGUCGAUGCCGAAAAUUCUUCUUUGCUUUGGAAAAUCAAAUAUUAAUUCCUAUAGGUAUACAGUUAUGUGAAAUGCAGCGUGAUAAAAUGGAUGGUCGUAUCUUGAUAAAACUGAUAGGUCUGAGUGGAAUGGUACACAUUUUUUUUGUUUCAUAUUAAUCUUUUUAACUGUGUAAGAAAGAACAUGAAAGACUGAAAGAGAUUUGAAUGUGGUAUUGUUCAGUGAAUGUUGAAAACUUGCAUGAUUUGAAUGUAGUAUUAAUAUUUUUUGCGCUCCUA